UCACCCUUUUGAGAAUGGCUUCUAAAAUGCAGAAAUUAGAGGAGCCCUAAAGUCUUCUAAAGUGGCACCAAUUAUUCCUUCAUCCUACGUUAAAGCUUGUGGAAUGGCAGGCAGUAUGGAGGUGGACAGGAAGAAGCGUGUUGGCUGAGUUGUCUCUGAUUGGCUAUUGGGGGAGGUGACACUUCGCGUCUGUUCUAACUGAGUAGUUAUAAUCCCCACCUGACAUCACCCUAAAAUCAGGAACCAGCAGCAGACUCACACACAUACCCAAAAAUAAAGAAGUAACAAACAGAAAGCCCGAUCCUUUUGGUCACGCUUGCUGUUAGGCUAACGUGCUACUUGCACUGUCUCUGUAGCCACUUUCUUUUAGGGGCCCUGGGAGAUAGCUGUGUGGCCCCCACUGGAUAAGGUGCGUGCUUCUGUGUGUGUGUGUACAAGAUCUUUGGUUUCAUUUGGUAAGAGGAAAUUUCGAGUUGUGCAAUGGCUCGGGGACAGUUUUGAAAGCCAUUGAGAAAGGGUUAGCGCAAAGAGCUAGAGUCAGCGAAGGGGAGAAGACUCCAUGUUGCCUUCAUUCAGAAUGGAGGGGUACAUCAUCCCACCUAAAAUAACCCGGACUGGCUGGAUGUCACAGACACCAUCUGAGUUUAAAGAUUACUGGGCACUUGUAAACAAAGAUCCAUCGGACGAAAUGAUCUAUGAAUCUGACAUCUAUCGGCCGCCAAUGGAAUACCAAUAUAUAAUCGAUGGAGAAGGCCAAAGUGAUCACACUUGGGAGUAUAACCCCCACCCUAUCCACUCAGGAGACUUUGAGAACCUGCCAGAGAGCCACUUCACAGAGCUACAGAGUGUGCCACAGGUUCACCCAUCCAGCAUGCAUCAGCGCUUCAGUGAGAUGGAGUCCAGCCACUUUCUUGACCCCAGUCUGCCUGGACCCCACAUUGCCCUCUCCCCUCCACAGAUGACCUAUUUGCCCCGGCCAUCGGUGUGUUACCCCCAUAGCGUGCAGCCCUCACCUCUCCUGCGGAGUUCAGAUGAUGACGACCCCGGCAGCCGUAGCCCACCACUGGAGGUGUCUGAUGAAGAGUGCAUGAGGGACCACAUCAGCUCCACUACCGGAGUAGAACACGGAAACAAGAAGAAGAUUCGUCUGUAUCAGUUCCUGCUGGACCUUCUGCGAAACGGGGACAUGAAGGACAGCAUCUGGUGGGUGGACAGAGAAAAGGGAACUUUCCAGUUCUCUUCCAAACACAAAGAGGCCCUGGCCCACCGCUGGGGCGUACAGAAGGGCAACCGCAAGAAGAUGACCUACCAGAAGAUGGCCAGGGCGCUGAGAAACUACGGCAAGACCGGAGAGGUCAAAAAGAUCAAGAAGAAGCUCACCUACCAGUUCAGCGGCGAGGUGCUCGGGAAGAGCCAUCUAGAUAGGAAGCUGUACAUGUAAAGCGAUAGGAAAGAAAGAAAGGAAGAAAGAAAGAAAGACAACAGAGACUUGGUGCAUGGAAGAUGAUCUCUUUCUGUUCAAGAAAGUUCUGCUCAUUUGGACUUCGAGCAUCUCACUCUUUUGGUUGGCCGACCUUACAUGUUUUCUUUUAUGUUCCAUUUUAGAUUAUUCACCUUUGCAUUAAUGAAAUGAACUUUGUCUUUGAACUACUAGCCCACAGAUCACAAGGCCAUUACAGGUGCAGGGCCACAUAUGAAAACAUUUCAUGUUUACCAGAUGUGAAAAACGCCCUGAGGGUGAAGGUGAAAAUAAAAGUAAGAAGCAUAGUAAGUUAUAAAACUAAAUCAAAUGGCUCUCAAGCAAGGGCAGUUGUUAACGUCUAUGCUGAGCAUGAUGGGGGGAAAAAAAAUCACAAAAAUACAAAAGCAGAAGUGAAAACAAAUGACACAGGCUCACGCUGUACGGAAAAUACGGCACUUGUCUCGUCUGGCCAGCACACACAGGGUGACUUUUAGUCUCUGUUUUUACCCUCCCAGCAAGGGUGCUUUUCUUAACAACACUUAAAAAUAAAGGUUACCAAAUGGUUCUUAGCUCAGACAUACGGUUCUAGAAAACCUUUAGUUGUAGAGGUUCUUUAAAGGGCCUACAUUCUACUUUGUGUGUAUUUUAUUUAAUUUUUUCCCCCAGAGAUUGAUUUAUAAUCUUUGUAUGGCAUGAAGCAAAACAGCCCUUAUUCUUUUUUCAGGCUGUUUUUAUUACUGUGCCUUUAAAACUGGUGUAUUUAAAUGACCUCUGUUCUGAUUGGCUGCCCUGUGUCUUGUCUCAUUGUAAAAACAGUUGAGGUUUAAUCACUCUGUAUAGCUUCAGCAUGGAUGUGCAGGGCUAAUCUGCUGUAGGCUGAAUAGCAAGAUAUAUGCAAAUUAGCUGGUUUUCAUGACAUCAUCAAACCAGCAAAAUCAAAAUGGGCUGUUUUUACAGCUUAGUUUCUAUGGACUGCAUGGGAAUGACACAUUUCGAAACUAUCGAUUCAUAGUAAUCAAACUCUUAUUUUAUAAACUUUCGAAAACAAUCUUCACCCAAAUAUGGCCUUUAAAGAACUGUCUAUUGAAAUGAUCUUUAGGGAAACAAAAGUGGUUCUUCUAUAUCAUCAAUCCAAUGAAUUCUUAUGGCACCUUUACUUUUAAGAGUGAAAUACGUGUAAAUGUUAAAGAUGGUGAGAGUAAGGUACAUGUUCUUUAAGUAUGGAGAAUGACCAGUCCUGUGCUCAUACAUGAGCUUGAUUAGUUAGAGGCAUAGAACUCUUAUCAUGAUAAAGGGCAUCAGAAGCCAGUGGCUGGACAUCAAAGUACAAAAUACUUUCUAAAGCUACAUUCAAAUAAAGCUAUUGGUGCAUUUUGUAAUUAUUAUUUUUAUGUAUUUUAUGAGCUGUUUGUUUUACCAUGUUUUUCAGGGUUUUCAUGAAGCAGUCUUCAAAAUCUGUUUGUAGGACACAUUAUGUGGACUAUUCAUUGCUUUUAUAAAAUUCAUGUACAUGUAUAUAAGUGUAGUUAAUUGUAUCAGUCCAUGGCCCUGUAGUCUAACUCUAUAUAUUGGCUGCCUUUGAGCUUUCUGUAAGCAGUGAGUGACGUUUUAUCUACAUUCCACUGAUUUCUACUUUAUUUUUUUUAUUUUAAUGAGUGGACAGUAAUCAACGGGUUCUGUGAAAACAACCUUUGACCCUGAAGUCAAAGAAAUACGCUGACCAACAAGCAUCUUGAAUAUGAGAGAACAGAUGAAAAUCAUUUGAGAUUGAAUUCUUGAUAUCAAAGAUGUAAAAAGAAAAUGCAAUGUAAUUAAAUUAAGAAAAAAAAUGUUACUGGAUCAUAUUCAAAACCCAGCUAUAUCACUAAAAAUGGCACGUUCAAAUCCC